AGGCACCGAGCAGCCUGGGCUAAGCCUGGGACAGAGCUAGGCACCUCCGGGAAGAGGAGCAUGGAUUGGCAGCAGGACAGGUCGAGCACCGAGCUGCGCAAGGAGAAGUCGCGGGACGCGGCGCGCAGCCGGCGCAGCCAGGAGACCGAGGUGCUGUACCAGCUGGCGCGCACGCUGCCCUUCGCGCGCGGCGUCAGCGCGCACCUCGACAAGGCCUCCAUCAUGCGCCUCACCAUCAGCUACCUGCGCAUGCACCGCCUCUGCGCCGCAGGGGAGUGGAACCAGGUGGGAACAGGGGGAGAGCCUCUGGAUGCCUGCUACCUGAAAGCCCUCGAGGGCUUCGUCAUGGUGCUCACCGCCGAGGGAGACAUGGCUUACCUGUCGGAAAAUGUCAGCAAGCACCUGGGCCUCAGUCAGCUGGAGCUCAUCGGACACAGUAUCUUUGAUUUUAUCCAUCCCUGCGACCAAGAGGAGCUCCAGGAUGCCCUGACCUUCAGGCCCAGCUUGUCCAAGAAAAAGGAAGAGGUCCCCACCGAGCGCCGCUUCUCCUUGCGCAUGAAGAGCACGCUCACCAGCAGGGGGCGCACGCUCAACCUCAAAGCCGCCACCUGGAAGGUGCUUCACUGCUCCGGGCAUAUGAAGGUCUAUAAGCCUCCCUCACAAACUUCCUCGGCCAGGAGUCCCCACCCGGAGCCUCCCCUGCAAUGCCUGGUACUCAUCUGUGAAGCCAUCCCUCACCCAAGCACCCUGGAGCCCCCUCUGGGCAGGGGGGCCUUUCUCAGCCGCCACAGCCUGGAUAUGAAGUUCACAUACUGUGAUGAGAGGAUUGCAGAGGUUGCUGGCUACAGCCCCGACGACCUGAUCGGCUGCUCCGCCUACGAAUACAUCCACGCGCUGGACUCGGAUGCAGUCAGCCGGAGCAUCCACACCUUACUGAGCAAAGGCCAGGCAGUUACUGGGAAGUAUCGCUUUCUGGCUCGGACUGGUGGCUACCUGUGGACGCAGACCCAGGCCACAGUGGUGUCCGGGGGCCGAGGGCCUGAGUCGGAGAGUGUCAUUUGUGUCCACUUCCUGAUCAGCCGGGUGGAAGAGACCGGCAUGGUAUUGUCCCUGGAGCAAACCGAGCAACACUCUCGCAGGCCCCCUGUGCGCGGAACCUCCACUCAGAAGAAAACACUUGGAGGCAGUCUUGACCUUCCUGGGCCCCGGAUCCUGGCCUUCCUACACCCCCCAACCCUGAGCGAGGCUGCCCUGGCUGCUGACCCCCGCCGUUUCUGUAGUCCUGACCUGCGUCGCCUCCUGGCACCCAUUUUGGAUGGGCCUUUGGGAGCUGCCACGCCCAGCACCCCGCAGGCUGAAAGGAGACCCCGAAGUCCUCUUGCAGCUGAUGUUCCGGAUGUGCUGCUCGCGGGGAAGGAGAAAGCAUACAGAUGCUCUGCAGCCCGGAAGAGCCUCAGAGCUGCGGAGACUGAUCUAGAUGGGGCUCAGAUCGCAGACACGCUGGACCUGGAGAUGCUGGCUCCCUACAUCUCCAUGGAUGACGACUUCCAGCUCAGCUCCAGUGAGCAGCUGCCCAGGGCCUUCCGCAGGCCCCCAGGGGCGUUGGCCCGGCGGCCCCGCGCUCGUAGCUUCCACGGCCUGUCGCCCCCGACCCCCGAGCCCGCCCUGCUGCCCCGCUGGGGGAGUGACCCCCGGCUGAGCUGCUCCAGCCCUUCCAGGGGGGACCCCUCCGCAUCCUCCCACAAGCCUGGGAACCGGAAGAGGCCCCUAGCCCAGAGCUCAGAGGACGAGGAGGUGGAGCUGCUGGGAGUGAGACCCCCCAAACGGCCUUCCAGCCUAGAACCUGAACACUUCCUGCUGUCUCCCCUCAGCCUGAGUUUCCUUCUACAAGGGCGACAAUUCCCAGGGAACCAACAAAAUCUCAGAUCCCCACUCCCGAACAUGCAUGAGCCUUUGGGUCUGGCUUCCUCACUGCGCUCUCUCUGCCAGGAUGAGGACGCUGCCCAGCCCAGGAGCCACUUCCAGCCAGCAGCAGGCUUAGCCCAAGUCCACUGAGACUGCCCUUUUCCCAGCUCCCUUCCUGUACCCCAGAAAGGACUCAGCCACACUCCACCUCUGGCAGCUCACGCCCAGGACGACAAGGGCCUCUCCCCACUGAGUGUUCCCAGCCGCCUUGGGCCUACCUCAGCUCCUACCCUCUGCCUGUACCCAGUCAGGGGCUCUUAGGGGUGUUCUCAGCUCAGCGACCUCUGGGAGGGGGUCCUGGCCUCCUCCUCCUCUCAGGACUUCCUUUGGGGUUCUCCAUACUUUGUUACCUCACUGUUUCUUCCUCUGACCCUCUUGGCUUUAUUUGGGGAGGGCUAGAAAGGCCACCAAUCUAUGUCUCUGGGCCCAGCCCAGGGGGGUUUGGAUAACCAUAACCACAUUUCUUUCUAUCCCUCUUUUAUCACUAUCUUUAUUACCAUUCUUUUCAUGAAUAUGGUGUUUAAUCACUAUGCUGCAUGACACAGGGUCCAAAGGAGUUUGGGACUCUUGUUCCUCCACAGGAGAGGUUCUGGGCCAGACCUCCCCCCCAGCAGCUUCUAGAAUCUCAACUUCCAAAGCUACCAUCCAGCUCUGCCUGCCCCAACCUCGCCUGAACAUGAAUUCCAUUUAUAGUCUUCCUGUUGCUGGGUUGGGGGGUAGCCUACAACUUCCUCUACUUCCAGACCUGGUAACUUCUGCCCUUUCCUGGCUCUAGGCUACACAGCCACCAAGCUUCCUGGUUCUAGAUUGCAGGACCCAAAAUCUUCCUUGGAUCUAGCCUGUGCAUUUUCUGGCCUUUCCCUGGGUCUAGACCGUAUGGCCUCUGGCCUCUGAUCCUCCCUAGUUCUCAAGUGUGCGGCCAAUGACUGACCUUGGUUCUAGGCUAUGUUCCUCUUGCCUUCCAGUGGCUCUAGGCUGUGUGUCCUCUGCCUUUCCUGAUCCUAAGCUGUGUGAGCUCAGACUUUCCCAGGUUCUACACGACUGGCUCUGGCCUCCCUGGUUCUGAACUGUGUGACUUCCCCUCCCCUCCUUUCCCUGCUUUCUAGGUUGUACAGUCUCUGGUCUUCUGGUUCUAGACGGUGCAGCAGCUGCUGAGAUUUGCUGGGUUUUGGACCACGGGAUCUAUGGCCUUCCUCAGUUCCCGACUGCCGCCUCUGCCCCCUCACUAGCUCUAGACUGGCUGCCCGCCGAUGUUCCUUGGUUCUACACAACGCUACCACGGACUCUGCCCAGGUUCUGCCCAGCACAGAGUCUGCUGUAAACCAUGCUUCCUGCAAACCCCUCUCAACUGCGUAUCACGCAGCCUCACGCUUUCUCAUUCUGGGUCUCGCAACCUCCAAUUCAACCUGUUUUCAAAACUCAUGGUUUCCAAAUUGGUUUUGGGGGGCUCCACUACUCUAGGUCUGCCUGGCUCUGUUUCCACCAGAAUCCCCUGGCUCUGGAAUGCAUUCUGUAAUGUCCUCUUGAUUCUAGAUCUCUGCCUAAAAGUGCCUCUUAUUCUCAGUCUCUUGCCCUCAACCUCACUUUGAAUCUAGAUUUGUUGUUGUUUGAGAUAGGGUCUCACUCUAGCCCAGGCUGACCUAGAAUUCACUAUGUAGUCUCAGGGUGGCCUUGAACAUGUGCCAAUCCUCUUACCUCUGCCUCCCAAAUGUUGGGAUUAAAGGCAUGCACCACCAUACUUGGCUGAUUCUAGGUGGUUUUUUUGUUUUGUUUUUUUUGUUUUGUUUUUUUUUAAUACUAGCAAUUGAACCUACAGGCUAAGUCAGUGGUCUAUCGUUGAGUUGUAUCUCUAACCCAUUUUUUUUUUUAUCUUGAGACAGAUCUUCACUAAGUUUGCCCAGGUCAGUCUUAAACUCAUUCUAUAAGUCCAGGCAGAUCUUAAAUUCAUAAUCCUCCUGCCUUAGUCUUCCCAGUAGCUAGGAUUGAAGGCCUAUUUGGUGGGGCUCAGCUGAUUCCAGGUUUUAUCACUGAUGAUUUCCCCUGUUGGUGGACCAACCCCACAGCUCCAAGCUUCCCAUUGGUUCGAGUCUUCCUUAUCUGUAGUCUCUUUGGUUUCAAAUCCAGACCUCAUCAUUUAUUUCUACACUGUUCUGUUUCCAAAACUCAUGGAUGGUGUCUAGUUUAUAGUUCAGCACUUAAGAAUUGCUUUCCUUACAGAAGAGGAGUAAAAUGAAGUUUAUUUUGUUUUGUUUUGUUUUUGAGGCAGGGUCUCACUCUAGCCCAGGCUGACCUGAAACUCUUGCUCUGUAGUUCCAGGUUGGCCUUGAACUCACGUAAACCCCUACCUCCUCUUCCUCAGUGCUGGGAUUAAAGGCGCAUGCCACCGUGCCCAGCUAAAAUAAGCUUUAUAUUUUGACCUUGUAGCCAUCUCUUCAUGGAAAGCAUGUGCCAGUUUUCUUGAGUUCUGGGCCUCAUGACCUCCACCCUCCCCUGGUUAAAGACUCUCCAACUUUUAUACAGUGCAACCUCCCACGUUCUCUAAUCUCAGACAUGAUGAUCUGUCACUUCACUGGUCCCAGAAUUAAGCCAUAAAUGUCUUCUCAUUGUAGAUCUUGCCCCCUUAAUUCUAGACCUCUUGAUUCACAUACAAUUCCUCCUUACUCCAGAUCUUACAACUCAAAUUAUUGCAGCUCCAAAGUAUCUCAUUGUAUGAUCUUGCCUUCACACGGUUUUCUGGCUUGAAGCCUUACAACCCCAAUUCCUUCCUCUUACUCUAGAUGAUUCUCAUGAUUCCAAAAUUCCUGUGGAUUCUAGAACUUGCUCUUAGGCCUUUCUUUCUCUCCCUCUCUCUCUCUCUCUCUCUCUCUCUUUCUUUCUUUCUUUCUUUCUUUCUUUCUUGGCUUUUCCGAGGUAGGG